CCGCUGUGUAUUGCUCUCUGUAGCUGGGGGAGUACCGCUUUAACAGUAGGGCGUAUCCGCUGUGUGGAAAUUAGGAAAUACGUUCAUGUUUGGAACAAGUCCCUCCUUUACUUUUAGUUUGACCACGGUCGGUCGUGACCAGAGGCUCCAACGACCACCUAUGAUAAACGUCUCCACCGAUCCCCCGGCUAGCAGCGGUCCCGUCCAUCAAUGGCUGAUAAAACCACCACUACGCCAGGCCAGACCGCAGAUAAUGGAGAAGGCGGCGAACCAGCAAGCGGGGCCAAACCGGACUACAUUGCUUUUGCCCUGGUGCCCACGUUCUUCCUUCUCGGCCUGUUGGGGGUGGUGAUCUGCCACGUGUUGAAGAGGAAGGGCUACCGGUGCACGACAGAGGCCCAGGAUGAUGAGGAGGAGUGUGAGGAAGAAGAGAGGGACCUUGAGCUGGGUACAGACAUGAAUGACACCCUCAGUGAAAACAAUGACACCGUGGGGCAGAUCGUCCAUUACAUCAUGAAGAAUGAAGCAAACUCUGACGCCCUGAAAGCCAUGGUUCAUGAAAACAGCAUUGAUUCUGAUGGUCCACCGCUCACCCCGACGUCUCCCGGCACCCCGACGCCUCCAAUGACCCCCGUAUCACCGGGUGCACCCCCGGGAGCCGCCAAGCACACCUGCAACCACCUGCACACCAUCGGCGGCAUGAGCGGCACCAAGAACAUCUGCACCCGCUGCAGCCAGAAGAAAUGGCCGCUGAUGAGGAGGCCGUCGGCCCGCAAGUCGGCGGAGCAGCGGCGCAGCCACCACGGAGAGGUCACGGUACUGGCUGUGGGCAGGUUCAGGGUGACAAAGUGUGAAAAGACCGCCCGGGAGCGGAGGACCCUGUUAAUAUCAGACUCCAACGGGAGCGUCCCCACGUCUCCUACGGAGUUGGAGCCCAAGAGUCGGACGACGUCGGAGUCCCAGCAGGAGCAGAGGGACAACUUGGACAAAGAGAAACGAUAGAAAUCCAGAUGUCCAAAGAGAAGGGAAAAGGAACAUCUGGACACUUUUGUAAAACCCAAACAAGAACAUUUGAACCAUCAGCAGAGGAGGAGCGAAGUCGACCCGGGAGUCGUCCCUCCACAUUCUCGCUCCGCAGGGAGCCAAAAGUGCUGCUGAUGACGAGGACGGCGGUGGGAGAGUGACGCGUGGAGUCACACUAGCCAGUUAUUUUUACAAGCAGGAGGGGAGGUACGGCGUUUCCUCCUGAAACCGAUCCACAAUAGUGCCUUGCUCAAGGGCGUUAAAGCAGGGCAGCUGCUCAGCGUCAAAGAAGCCUGACUCAUGGACGUGCUCCGUGAUGUAUGUACAUAUGUUUUUGUAUGAGGAGGGAUGGAGGAGUUUUUGCAUGUCACACGUUGGUUAAUUGAUAAAACUACGGCCCAGAAACAGGAAGCAGGAACCGCCUGAUAGAGGGGUCACCGAACCAGGAAGUGGACGAGUCCUGCGACGGCGUGAACACGACGAUUUAAGCGUGAUUAUCAGGUUUUUGUCCCGCUCCUCCAAACUGUAAUCUCCUGUCUUCGUGUUGAUCAUCCAGUCCGACCUCAUGUAGACGAGCGUGCAGCGUUCUGGGUCAAACAACAAAUUAGCCGCUCGCCCAGCGGCAGGAACAGCCAGUCCUCUCCAACUCUUCACUGCCAUGUUCCCCUCUCAGAAGUGCAUUAUUUAAUCUUUAAAGCUGCAUUAAAUGCUCGUCUAAAACGCAACACCGAUGUAGUAUCAGUCGCAGAUCACGUCGAGUCGUGUCUCCUCACACACACAUUCGCUCCUCUUUUCUCUUAGCUCUGUUUCGGUCUCCACCAAAUGCAAAACCAGCUUGUCCUGAUGACAAAUUCAAACCCAAAGCCAAAAAGGGAUGUUACAGAGUUUCAAAGUGUUUACAUGGGUUGCACCAUAUGGAUCUGCUUUCAGUUCAUACUCCUAACCAAUAACAACAUACUUCUCAUGGCCAAUACCGCUAAGUUGUCAUUUUUGUAUUUUAAAAAGAUCAUAUCCUGCAAUUUAUGAAAGGCUCAUACAGUGAGCAAAGGUUGUGGAUUUAAUAUUCCAUAGCUAAGAUUGGAUUUGUUGUAUUAAAUACUCUGGAUCAUCAUGUGAUGCUCUGGCCACUGUUUGCAUCAAAGCCGGCGGAUUCCCCCCCCCCCCCCCCCCCCCCCCACAGAACUCCUGUGAAACGUAUCGUGCAGAUUGAAAUCAUGUCGUCUUCCUCAGAAACUGUAGAAAAACAUCCACGUGGUCGACACUCGGCAGAUCUUCUUCCCUGUGCAGCAGUUUAAAUGUCAUGAGCGCGACAGCAGCUUCUUCUUCUCCCUCUGUGUUUAUCAGGGAAAGCAACUUUUAAAGGAAAAAGUUCACCCAAGAAUGAAAAUUUACAUGAAUUUGAUUUAAUAUAUUUUUUAAUUUGUCCUUUAAAAGGUGCACACCCGCACCUACUGUAUCGGCUUUGUGUUAUCAUCUAUUUAUAUUUUUUAACAAAAUUAUUGCAGAUGAUAAACAUUUCCCAUCAUCAGGGUACUCGUUUAUCCGUGCUGAUUUCUUGGCUCGAUACACAUCGUGCAUCCCUUUUUGCAGAGACUGCCUUAUGAAAACAUGCAUCUGCUGCAUUGUGGGAGAUGUAGGAUCCAGUGUUUUUUUUGGAGUUUGACCCAAAUUAAAGAUUUACAGUCGGCAUAUCUCACCCUUUGCUACCUUGAUUUUGAUCACCUUUUUUUAAUCAGUCUCUCAUGAGUCCUGCGACUUUGCGGAAGUGCGAUACAAAUCAUCCAAGGUCGUGCGUAAUCAUCGAAAUAUAUCACUUUCCCAAACCUUUGUGAUCAUUUUUUUUGUCCCCCUCCGGCGUUUGUGAAUGUCAUGUCAUUGUGCCUCAUUUUUAUUUUUAAAAAUAAUUUUGUUAUUCACACAUUCUGUUGUGUUUUUAUUGUUGUAAUGAAAAAUAAAGACUAACACAUAUCAAACAUUAA